UUGAGUUCACUGCACUUAAUCCCUAACACAAGCCCCGCCAACGUGUCUCCUAGCUUGCCUUUCUGCCUUUCUACUCUGCGACGCUCCUUCGGUUUCCUUGGCCAGCGACGCUGCCUGUGGAGAAAACACGAUGACCAUCUUGCGCCCGGUGGGGUUCUGUGGCAUGACCCUCAAGGCCGGGGCCACUGUAGCUGCUGUCUACAUGAUCCUAGUGACCAACAUCUACCUGAUCUUUGAGGUUGGCCACUUGGAACGAGCAAUGACGGACAUGGCACAAAUCAAGCCCUUCAACUUAACCGAAGUGGGGAAGAUGCUAACGUAUUGCUACUAUACAGCCAUCACGCUGGCUGUCAUGACCUACACGGUGUGUGUCUUCCUCAUCUACUCAGUCCAGAAGCGGCUCUACAUGGGCAUGUUCGCCUAUGUCGCAUGGAUCAUCUUCUAUGACCUGGCUAACUGCCUCAUCGUGGCCCUGGCUUACCAGGUCUCCAAAGAAGCCUGGUUUUCCCUCAGCCCCCUGGAGUGGUUUGGGCUGGCCAUCAGGAUCCCCAUGGAUUGUUUCUGGCUCUCCUUCAUUGUCAAAUUUGCCCUACUGGUUAUUGAAAGCAAAGGGCAAGGAGGGCUGAACGCGUCAGAACUGCCCAGGUUUAGGUUGGGCUAA